UCACUUUUGGGUACAGAAAAGGGUCACCAGGGUACCUCACAUUGAGAAAAGAGCUCAGACCUAACUUCUCUGUCUUCCAGGUGGAACCACAUGGACUCCCUUGGGCCUGUAGAGUUGCUGCAUGGGAAAAGAACCCUGGGCUGCUCCCAGAAGGGCUUGGCCUGGCCCUCAAAUAGCUCAGAACUGGUACAGGAGUGCCUGCAGCAGUUCAAGGUGACAGGGGCACAGCUGCAGCAGAUCCAAGCCAGCCUCCUGGCUUCCAUGGAGCAGGCACUGAAGGAAGAGGCUAGCCCUGUUCCUGCUGUCCGGAUGCUGCCCACAUAUGUGAGAUCCACCCCACAUGGCACUGAGCAAGGAGAUUUCAUAGUGCUGGAGCUGGGGGCCAAAGGGGCCUCGCUGCGUGUUUUAUGGGUGACUCUAAUGGGCAAUGAGGGGCAUAAGGUGGAGCCCAGGAGCCAGGAGUUUGUGAUUCCUCAAGAGGUGAUGCUGGGUGCUGGCCAGCAGCUCUUUGACUUUGCCGCCCACUGCCUGUCUGAGUUCCUGGACAUGCACCCUGUGAGCAGUCAGAGUCUGCAGCUUGGGUUCAGCUUCUCUUUCCCUUGCCACCAGACAGGCCUGGACAGGAGUACCCUCAUUUCCUGGACCAAAGGUUUUAGGUGCAGUGGUGUGGAAGGCCAGGAUGUAGUCCAGUUGCUGAGAGAUGCCAUUCAGAGGCUGGGGGCCUACAACAUUGACGUGGUUGCCGUGGUGAAUGAUACAGUGGGCACCAUGAUGGGCUGUGAGCCAGGGGUCAGGCCGUGUGAGGUUGGGCUUGUUGUAGACACUGGCACCAACGCAUGUUACAUGGAGGAGGCACAGCAUGUGGCAGCAUUGGACAAUGACCGUGGUCGCAUGUGUGUCAGCGUUGAAUGGGGCUCCUUCAGUGACAAUGGGGCCUUGGGACCAGUGCUGACUACCUUCGACCAUGCCCUGGACCAUGAGUCCCUGAAUCCUGGGGAUCAGAGGUUCGAGAAAAUGAUUGGAGGCCUUUACCUGGGUGAGCUGGUACGGCUAGUGCUUGUUCACUUGGCCCGUCGUGGAGUCCUCUUUGGUGGCUACACCUCCCCUGCCCUGCUGAGCCAAGGCAGCAUCCUCCUGAAGCACGUGGCUGAGAUGGAGGACCCCUCUGCUGGAGUAGCCCGUGUCCAUGCUAUCCUGCAGAACCUAGGCCUGAGCCCAGAGGCCUCAGACAUUGAGCUCGUGCAGCACGUGUGUGAAGCUGUGUGUACACGGGCUGCCCAGCUCUGUGCUGCUGCCCUUGCUGCUGUCCUCUCCCGCCUCCAGCGCAGCCGGCAGCAUCAAACACUUCAGGUCGCUGUGGCUACUGGAGGCCAAGUGUUUGAGCAGCAUCCCAGGUUCUCCAGCAUUCUGCAGGAUACAGUAAUGCUCCUGGCCCCACAAUGUGAUGUCUCCUUCGUCCCCUCUGUGGAUGGGGGUGGGCGGGGUGUGGCAAUGGUGACUGCAGUAGCUGCCCGCCUAGCUGCCCACCGGCUCCUGCUGGAGGAGACCCUGGCACCGUUCCGGUUGAACCACAAGCAGCUGGCAGCAGUGCAGGCACAGAUGCAGGAGGCCAUGGCCAAAGGGCUCCGAGGGGAGGCCUCCUCCCUCCGCAUGCUGCCCACUUACGUCCGGGCUACACCUAAUGGCAGUGAGCGAGGGGAUUUCUUGGCCUUGGACCUUGGGGGCACCAACUUCCGAGUCCUCCUGGUGCGUGUGGCCACAGGAGGUGUGCAGAUCGCCAGCCAGGUCUAUUCCAUCCCUGAGUGUGUGGCCCAGGGCUCUGGGCAGCAGCUCUUUGACCAUAUUGUGGACUGCAUUGUGGACUUCCAGGAGAAGCAGGGCCUGAGCGGGCAGAGUCUCCCAUUGGGUUUUACCUUCUCCUUCCCAUGCAGGCAGAUUGGCCUGGACCAGGGCAUCCUCCUGAACUGGACCAAGGGUUUCAAUGCAUCAGACUGCGAGGGUCAAGAUGUCGUCUAUCUGUUACGGGAAGCCAUCAGGAGAAGACAGGCAGUGGAGCUGAAUGUGGUUGCCAUUGUCAAUGACACGGUGGGAACCAUGAUGUCCUGUGGCUAUGAGGACCCCCAUUGCGAGAUAGGCCUCAUUGUUGGAACCGGCACUAAUGCUUGCUACAUGGAGGAGCUCCGGAAUGUGGCAGGUGUGGCUGGGGACUCAGGCCACAUGUGCAUUAACAUGGAGUGGGGUGCCUUUGGGGAUGAUGGCUCACUGGGCAUGCUCAGCACCCUCUUCGAUGCAAGUGUAGACCAGAUGUCCAUCAAUCCUGGCAAGCAAAGGUUUGAGAAGAUGAUCAGCGGCAUGUACCUGGGGGAGAUUGUCCGCCAUGUCCUCUUACAUUUAACCAGCCUUGGAGUUCUCUUCCGGGGCCGGCAGAUCCAGUGCCUUCAGACCAGGGACAUCUUUAAGACCAAGUUCCUCUCUGAGAUUGAAAGCGACAGCCUGGCCCUGCGGCAGGUCCGAGCUAUCCUGGAGGAUCUGGGACUGCCCCUAACCUCAGAUGAUGCCCAGAUGGUCCUAGAGGUGUGCCAGGCUGUGUCCCAGCGGGCUGCCCAGCUCUGUGGAGCAGGUGUGGCUGCUGUGGUAGAGAAGAUGCGGGAGAAUCGGGGCCUGGAAGAGCUGACAGUGUCUGUGGGGGUGGAUGGAACCCUCUAUAAGCUGCAUCCCCAUUUUUCCAGCCUGGUGGCUGCCACAGUGCGAGAGCUGGCCCCUCGCUGUGCAGUCACUUUCCUGCAAUCGGAGGAUGGAUCUGGCAAAGGUGCAGCCUUGGUCACUGCUGUCGCCUGCCGCCUUGCCCAGAAGACCCGUGUCUGAGAAGUCUCUGUGAGUUCUCAGGAAUUCUCAGCCCUAGCCUUGCUGGAACAGGGUGUGAGCCCACUUGUUCCCUAGGCAAACCCAGUCACUCAGGACUCCCAGGACAGCCCAUGUGUGAAUACUCUUUGGCUAUCUGGCUUUACCCCCUGGCUUUCCCUGAAAGAAGCAGCACUCAGGUUAGCAAUAUAUAUAUAUAAUUUAUUUACA